AUGGAAAAUUUGAAGAGAAAACUCAAUACCGAUGAUUUUCUUAAGCCAACCUCACCAAACAGGGAACGCACACCGAGAAAAUUUCAUCAAGACUUCCUUACAAACAGCAGUGUAAUAAAUGAUCAUCGAACUGGUUUGCAAGAUAUGAUGUCACGAGUUAAUCAACAAUUGGCAAUGCUUGGAUAUCCUUCAUUUCCAAAAAUUUCUGAAAAUGUUGAUGAAAAAUCUAUAAUAUCGAUUUUGGACUGUGUCGGUUCGUUAUUAAACCAGCAACAAAAAGAUAACGGAUAUCGUGAAGAAAUGCUUGAUCAAUAUAGAAGAUCACAAAGUGAUAAUGAAUUAUUAGCUACUAGCAUGAAAAAUUUAAAAGCAAAGCUUGAUUUGAGCGAACGUGAAGUUGAUUCAUUAAAAUCAAAUAUUCUAUGUUUGAAUGACUCUUUAAAUAAAGAGAUGGAAAAGAAUCGAUUGACUAAAGAAGAAUUAAAAAAAGUCCAACAACAUUACCAAUACAUCAAAACUCAAGCUGCUCAUCCAACUACUAGCAGUCCUAAUGAUGAAAAUCAAGAACCUAAUUUUGUUGUUGAAACACUUCGACUUGAAAAUGAAUCGUUAACAACUGAAUGUGAAAUAAAGAAUGAAAUUAUAAGACAAAAUCAAUUAGAAAUCGAUUCUUUAUCAUCAGAAAUCAGAAAGAAAAAUGAAUUUAUCCAACAAAUCCAACUGAAAUGUUCUGAUAUUGGAUCUAUCAUCUCUCAAGAUAAACAGAUGGAACAAAUGCAACUAGAUCACGAGUCGUUAAAUCUCCAAAUUAAGCAAAAGGAUGACAUUUUAAUGCAAAAAGAUUUAAAAAUUGAAUCUUUGAUUUCUGAAAAUAUGAAAAUGAAUGAUAUGAUAAAGCAGAAACAAUUGAAAAUCGAAGGAAUUGAAGAAUUGAUUAAUGACUGUACGCAAAAGGAUAAGAACUUGAUGCUAAAAAAUUCUGAGGUUGAACGGUUGAUGUUAGAAAAUAAACAGAAUACCGAGUUGAUAAGCCAGGAACAAUCAAAGAUCGAAGAAUUGAUUAAUGACUGUAGGCAAAAAGAUAAGGACUUAAUGCUAAAAAAAUCCGAAGUUGAAAGAUUGAUUCUGGAAAAUAGGCUGAAUACCGAGUUGAUAAAUCAGAAACAAUCAAAAAUUGAAGAAUUGAUUAAUAACUGUAGACAAAAAGAUAAGAAUUUUACGCUAAAAAAAUCCGAAGUUGAACUAUUGAUGUCGGAAAGUAAACAAAAUACCGAGCUGAUAAAGCAGAAACAAUCAAAAAUUGAAGGAUUGAUUAAUGACUGUAGACAAAAAGAUAAGAGUUUGAUGCUAAAAAAAUCCGAAGUUGAAAGAUUGAUGCUGGAAAGCAAACGAAAUACCGAACUGAUUAAUCAGCAUAAAUCAAAAAUUGAAGAAUUGGUUAAUGACUGCAGACAAAAAGAUAAGAGUUUGAUGCUAAAAAAAUCCGAAGUUGAAAGACUGAUGUUGGAAAGUAAACGAAAUACCGAGCUGAUAAAUCAGCAUAAAUUGAAAAUCGAAGAAUUGAUUGAUGACUGUAGACAAAAAGACAAGAAUUUGAUGCUAAAAAACUCUGAAGUUGAAAGAUUGAUGUUGGAAAAUAAACGAUAUAUCGAGCUGAUAAAACAGAAACAAUCAAAAAUUGAAGAAUUGGUUAAUGACUGUACACAAAAAGAUAAGAACUUGAUGCUAAAAAAUUCCGAAGUUGAACGAUUGAUGUCGGAAAGUAAACAAAAUACCGAGCUGAUAAAUCAGCAUAAAUCAAAAAUUGAAGAAUUGGUUAAUGACUGCAGACAAAAAGAUAAGGACUUGAUGCUAAAAAAUUCCGAAGCUGAGCGAUUGAUGUUGGAAAAUAAACAAAAUACCGAGCUAAUAAAUCAACAUAAAACAAAAAUUGAAAAAUUGGUUAAUGACUGUAGACAAAAAGACAAGAGUUUGAUGCUAAAAAAUUCCGAAGCUGAACGAUUGAUGCUGGAAAGUAAACGAAAUACCGAGCUGAUAAAUCAGCAUAAAUCAAAAAUUGAAGAAUUGGUUAAUGAGUUAGCAAACAAUUAUAUUCUAUAA